CCGAACUGAUUGGGGGACUGGCCGGAGUCGAGUGGCCAUGCUGAUGGUGACGAGGGUGGCUAUAGUUCUGAUAGCUAUAGUGAGAGUGAGCUGGUUGAGGGGGGCAAUGUCUACCAGCGUGGUGGUACAAAGCUCCCGCCCACCCCGGCGACCCCUGACCAGAGGUGGUUGAUUACGCCUGAUGGGGAGAAGCCCAACACAGUCCUUGGUGUGAUUUGUCGCCAGAGCUUCCCGGGAUGGGUCACGUUGCCCGGUGAGGGCCAGGUUCCAGAGCUAGGAAUGACCUGGGAGCACUACUUGGCUGCCCCGGCCCUGCCGGGGGAGAGGAUCGGCGGUGUCGAGUGCCACACGGUGGCCGACGUUGUGAUCCAGACGUUUUGGACCUUUUACAGGUGUGCUGAGGGACAGGAGGAGGCCGCGGCUCAGGUUAUCGAAGCCGAGUGCAGGCGGCUACUUCAAAACUGGCGGAACAGGGCUCGGACGCAGGCUACUCGAGACUACUUUGCCUCGAUUGGUAUUAGGAUGUCCAAGUCGAAGUGCCGCACAAACUAUCUGAGUAAGGAGAAGUACAUGAAGGUGCCCCCGAGAUGGUGUGCGGAUAGGCUGGAUUGUUGGGAGGCGUUGGUGGAUGAGUGGUGCUCUCCCCAAUGGCUAUCCACCCACAACAAUGCAAAGGAUCGGCGUGGCAAAAUGAGCGGUGUGCCACACCAUCAAGGCAGCGUCAACCUAUAUCAGUACGGGGAUAGCUGGGCGCGGCACAACAAGACGGAUGUGCCAGAGCUGUUUGACCUCUAUGCCAUGGCCCAUAGUGCCCCGUAUAAGAAGGCCAAGGCAUUCUUUGAGUCUGAUCUUGAUGAUCCAAAGAACUUCACCAACCGCGCCUCCCACAACAAGCUCGUGAGGUAUAGAGACGAGGGGAAGGCGAGGAAAGGGCCGGACUUUAACCCGAGCCAGCCUAUUGAUCCAGAGCUGGUGAUGAUAUCUGGUGGCGGGAGGAACCAUGGCUUGUUAGCCAUUGGGGAUGGACUGAUACGUUGUACUAGCACUCUCCCGCAGAUCAAGAGGCGCCAGACGAGCUCCGAUCCUGAGAUAAGGCCUCGUCCACGGCCAAUGGAUCUCGAAAUCAAGGCUGCUAUUGAGGAAGAGAGAGCAAAGACCCAGGAGCUUCUGGCGGAGGAAAGGAGGCAGGCGGCGGAGAGGGAGAGGGAGAUUGAGGAGAGGACGGCUAGGCUUUUGGAGGAGGAGAGGAACCGGAACGACUUGGCUAACCGGGCCAUAUACGAGCUCUUCGCGUCCAUGUGCGAGAAGAAUGAUCAGACCCCUCCGCCGAUGCCAGUCAUUGCUCCGGCGGACACACAUAACUCCCGACAAGCAUCGACGUCUGCCAUUGGCGCGAGCAAGAACCCCGAUCCUCCUUCGUCUGCCACUACCGCGAGCAAGAACCACGAUCCUUCACCUACGGGUUGACGGUAGGUUUUGCCUAGUGCUUUGCUUAAUUAGCUCCAAAAUGACCUAUUUAACCUAGGAUAGCUUUAAAAUGACCUAUACUUAGCAUUUGUUUCCUCCAAAAUGACUUAAUAUGCUUAGCUAGCUCAAAAUUGACCUAUUUAACCUAGGAUAGCUCUAAAAUGACCUAUACUUAGCAUUUUUUCCUCCAAAUGACUUAAUAUGCUUAGCUAGCUCUAGAAUGACAUAAUAUGCUUACGAAAUGACAUAUUUUAGUUCCGAAUUGACUUCAUAUGCUUAGCUAGCUCCAAAAUGACAUAAUAAACUUAUUAGUUCCAAAAUGACCUUACUUAGCAUUUUUUACACAAAAAUGACUUAGUAUGCUUAGCUAGCUCAAAAAUGACAUAAUAACCAUACUUAGCUCCAAAAUGACCUAUUUUACAGAUAUAAGUUGCAUCAUAAUAAUCUUCACAUUUUAGUUGCAUCAUAAUAAUCUUCUUCUUCUAGUCUUCUUCUUCUAACUUUCUUCUUUCCCAUUUUGAAGAUCACGGAAGCUUGGGUUGAUGGAGUGCUUGUCUUUAGUUUUUGUUUUGACUUUGUGAAACUUGCUACCUAUGAUGAAACUAUGUAUAUGUAUGGAUGAAACUUGCUACUAUUGGUAACAUGUGUUGGAUAUAUUUGCGUUCAUGACUAUUGGUAAUAUGUGUUGAAUA